UCCCUCCCGCGGUGCCACAGGGCAGCGGAGGCCCGGAGCGCGUGAGCCGCCCUCGUCGCUCGCCGCCGACCCCGGCCCGGCGCGGGGCACCGGGAGCAUGUGGGGCGCCCAGGAUGAGAGCUCCGUGCGGGUGGCGGUCAGAAUUCGACCUCAGCUUGCAAAAGAAAAAAUUGAAGGAUGCCAUAUUUGUACUUCUGUCACACCAGGUGAACCUCAAGUGUUUCUAGGAAAAGAUAAAGCUUUUACCUUUGACUACGUGUUUGAUAUUGAAUCUCAGCAAGAACAGAUCUACACACAAUGUAUAGAAAAAUUAAUUGAAGGUUGUUUUGAAGGCUACAAUGCUACAGUUUUUGCUUAUGGACAAACUGGAGCUGGCAAAACAUAUACUAUGGGAACAGGAUUUGAUGUCAAUAUAAUUGAAGAAGAACAGGGUAUUAUUUCUCGUGCUGUUAAGCAUCUUUUUAAGUGUAUUGAAGAAAAAAAAGAAGUUGCUAUUAAAAAUGGAAUUCCACCUCCCGAUUUUAAAGUUAAUUCUCAGUUCUUAGAGCUUUAUAAUGAAGAGGUUCUUGAUCUCUUUGAUACCACACGUGACAUUGAUGCAAAAAACAAAAAGUCCAAUAUACGAAUCCAUGAAGACUCAGCUGGAGGAAUUUAUACUGUGGGAGUUACAACACGUAGUGUGAAUACAGAAUCAGAGAUGAUGCAGUGUUUAAAACUGGGUGCUUUAUCUCGAACUACUGCAAGUACUCAGAUGAAUGUGCAAAGCUCUCGUUCACAUGCCAUUUUUACCAUUCACUUGUGUCAGACCAGAGUGUGUCCCAGAAUAGAUGCUGAAAAUGUAAUUGAUAAUAAGAUGGUAUCUGAGUCAUCCCAGAUGAAUGAAUUUGAAACUCUUACUGCAAAAUUUCAUUUUGUUGAUCUUGCUGGAUCAGAAAGAUUAAAACGUACAGGAGCUACUGGAGAAAGAGCCAAAGAAGGCAUAUCCAUCAACUGUGGUCUGUUGGCACUUGGAAAUGUAAUAAGUGCAUUGGGAGAUAAAAGUAAGAGAGCCACUCAUGUACCUUAUAGGGACUCAAAAUUAACAAGACUACUGCAGGAUUCCCUUGGGGGUAACAGCCAAACAGUCAUGAUAGCAUGUGUCAGCCCUUCAGACAGAGAUUUCAUGGAAACUUUGAAUACACUAAAAUAUGCCAAUCGUGCCCGAAAUAUCAAGAAUAAAGUUAUGGUCAAUCAGGACAGAGCCAGUCAGCAGAUUAAUGCACUUCGUAGUGAAAUCACACGACUUCAGAUGGAACUCAUGGAGUACAAAACUGGUAAAAGAAUUAUAGAUGAGGAAGGUGUUGAAAGUAUCAAUGACAUGUUUCAUGAGAAUGCCAUGCUACAAACUGAAAAUAAUAACUUGCGUGUGAGAAUUAAAGCAAUGCAAGAAACUGUUGAUGCAUUAAGAACCAGAAUAACACAGCUUGUUAGUGAUCAAGCCAACCAGAUUCUUGCCAGAGCAGGAGAAGGUAAUGAGGAGAUUAGCAAUAUGAUCCAUAACUAUAUCAAAGAAAUAGAAGACCUCAGAGCAAAAUUAUUAGAAAGUGAAGCAACAAAUGAGAAUCUUCGACGUAACUUGACAAGAGCAACAGCAAGAUCACCUUAUUUCAGUGGAUCAUCAGCUUUCUCUCCUUCUGUACUUUCCUCAGAGAAAGAAACCAUUGAAAUUAUAGAUAUGGCUAAAAAAGAUUUAGAAAAACUGAAAAGGAAAGAAAAAAAGAAGAAGAAAAGGCUUCAGAAACUUGAGGAAAGAAAUCAAGAAGAAAAAAGUGUUGUAAAAGAGGAAAAUACAGACACAGAACAGGAAAGGAAAGAAGAAAAGAGCAUUUCAGAAAGAGAAAAUAGUGAAAUAGAAGUAGAAGAAAACCAAGAAGCAAGUGAACAUGAAGAAGAUGAAGAAGAUGAAGAAGAGGAGGAGGAAAAUAUUGAAGCUGGUGAAAGCUCUGAUGAAUCUGAUUCUGAUUCAGAUGAAAAAGCCAAUUAUCAGGAAGAUUUAGCACAUAUUACUUGUGAAAUUGCAAUAAAACAAAAGCUGAUUGAUGAAUUAGAAAACAGUCAGAGAAGACUACAGACACUAAAAAAGCAAUAUGAAGAAAAGCUAAUGAUGUUACAGCACAAAAUUCGGGAUACUCAACUUGAAAGAGAUCAGGUGCUACAAAACUUAGGCUCUGUAGAAUCUUGCUCAGAGGAAAAGGCAAAAAAAGUUAGAUCUGAGUAUGAGAAAAAACUUCAAACUAUGAAUAAAGAGUUACAGCGACUCCAAACAGCUCAAAAAGAACAUGCACGUUUGCUGAAAAAUCAAUCUCAAUAUGAAAAGCAAUUGAAGAAAUUACAACAGGAUGUGAUGGAAAUGAAAAAAACAAAGGUUCGCUUAAUGAAACAAAUGAAAGAAGAACAAGAAAAAGCCAGAAUGACAGAAUCUAGAAGAAACAGAGAGAUUGCACAACUUAAGAAGGAUCAGCGUAAACGAGAUCAUCAACUCAGACUUCUGGAAGCUCAAAAGAGAAACCAAGAAGUGGUUCUACGUCGUAAAACAGAAGAGGUCACAGCUCUUCGUCGACAAGUACGACCCAUGUCAGAUAAAGUAGCUGGGAAAGUUGCAAGGAAACUGAGUUCAUCUGAUGUUCCUGUUCAGGAUUCAAGUUCUAGCAUAACCUCUGUAGAUUCAGAUUCAGCCAAAGCACAGCAAAAAAUGAAAAUACCAGUUGCAAGAGUUCAAGCAUUACCAGUUAUUCCAGUGAAUGGUUCCAGAAAGAAAUACCAGAGGAAGGGAAUGACUAAUCGAGUGUUUACAUCAAAGACAGCCCGGAUGAAAUGGCAGUUACUUGAGCGCAGGGUCACAGACAUUAUUAUGCAAAAAAUGACCAUUUCAAAUAUGGAAGCUGAUAUGAAUAGACUUCUCAAGCAACGUGAAGAACUCACCAAAAGGAGAGAAAAACUUUCAAAAAGGAAGGAAAAGUUCAUCAAGGAUAAUGGAGAUACUGAUAGAAAUGUUCUUAACAUCAAUGAAGAAAUGGAGUCACUAACUGCAAAUAUAGAUUACAUCAAUGAUAGUAUUUCUGAUUGUCAAGCCAAUAUCAUGCAAAUGGAAGAAGCAAAGGAAGAAGGAGAGACACUGGAUAUUACAGCAGUGAUAAAUGCUUGUACUCUUACAGAAGCUCGGUAUCUUCUAGACCAUUUUCUGUCAAUGGGCAUUAAUAAGGGUCUCCAAGCAGCCCAGAAAGAGGCUCAAAUUAAAGUUCUUGAAGGGCGACUUAAGCAAACAGAAAUAACUAGUGCCACUCAAAAUCAGCUUUUAUUCCAUAUGUUGAAAGAGAAAGCAGAAUUAAAUCCGGAGCUAGAUGCUUUACUAGGACAUGCUUUACAAGAUCUAGAUAGCAUAUCAGUAGAGAAUGUAGAAGAUAGUACUGAUGAAGAGGCACCUUUGAACAGCCCAGGAGUAGAGGGAAGCUCACUAUCUUCAGACCUCAUGAAGCUUUGUGGUGAAAUUAAGCCAAAAAACAAGGCACGAAGGAGGACCACAACUCAAAUGGAAUUGCUCUAUGCAGAUAGCAGUGAACUAGCUUCAGACACUAGUACAGGAGAUGCUCUCUUGUCUGGCCCUCUUACACCUGUUGCAGAAGGGCAAGAGAUUGGAAUGAAUACAGAGACAAGUGGUACUUCUGCUAGGGAAAAAGAGCUCAUUCCCCCGUCUGGCUUACCUUCUAAGAUAGGCAGCAUCUCUAGACAACCAUCUCAAUCUGAAAAGAAAAUACCUGAACCUUCACCUUUAACCAAAAGAAAGGCAUUUGAAAGAGCAGAAAAAUCAAAGACUAAGGAACAAAAACACUCAGAUUCUGGAACCUCAGAGGCUAGUCUUUCACCUCCUUCUUCCCCACCAAGCCGGCCCCGUAAUGAACUGAAUGUUUUUAGUCGUCUUACUGUUUCUCAGGGAAACACAUCAGUUCAGCAGGAUAAGUCUGAUGACAGUGAUUCCUCUCUAUCGGAGGUACACAGGGGAGUAAUAAACCCAUUUCCUGCUUCAAAAAGUAUCAAAUCUUCUCCACUUCAAUGCACUCACAUUGCUGAAGGGCAUACAAAAGCUGUGCUAUGCAUAGAUUCUACUGAUGAUCUUUUAUUCACUGGAUCAAAAGAUCGUACCUGUAAAGUGUGGAAUCUUGUAACUGGGCAAGAGAUAAUGUCACUAGGUGGUCAUCCUAAUAAUGUCGUGUCUGUGAAAUAUUGUAAUUAUACCAGUUUGGUCUUCACUAUUUCAACAUCUUAUAUUAAAGUUUGGGAUAUUAGAGACUCUGCAAAGUGUAUUAGAACAUUGACUUCUUCAGGUCAAGUUAUGCCUGGUGAUGCAUGCUCUACAAGUACUAACCGAACAGUAACUAUUCCUUCUGGAGAAAAUCAGAUCAAUCAGAUUGCACUCAACCCAAAUGGCACUUUUCUUUAUGCAGCUUCUGGAAAUGCAGUGAGAAUGUGGGACCUGAAGAGGUUUCAGUCAACAGGAAAGUUAACUGGUCACCAGGGCCCAGUUAUGUGCCUUACUGUAGAUCAGAUUUCUAAUGGGCAGGAUUUGAUCAUCACUGGUUCCAAAGAUCACUACAUUAAGAUGUUUGAUGUAACUGAAGGGGCUCUUGGAACUGUAAGUCCCACUCACAAUUUUGAGCCCCCUCAUUAUGACGGCAUUGAAGCCCUUACUAUACAAGGGGACAAUCUUUUCAGUGGAUCCAGAGAUAAUGGAAUAAAGAAAUGGGAUUUGUCUCAAAAGGACCUUCUUCAGCAAGUUCCAAAUGCACACAAAGAUUGGGUAUGUGCUUUGGGUAUGGUUCCAGGCCACCCCAUUCUGCUCAGUGGCUGCAGAGGCGGCAUUUUGAAACUCUGGAAUGUGGACACAUUUGCACCAGUUGGAGAGAUGAAAGGUCAUGAUAGUCCCAUAAAUGCCAUUUGUGUCAAUACUACCCAGAUUUUUACUGCAGCUGAUGAUCAUACUGUGAGGAUUUGGAAGGCACGCAGUUUGCAAGAUGGUCAGAUGUCUGACAUAGGAGACCCCAAUGAAGAUAUUGCCAUUAAUUAAACACUAAUUUAAAUAUUCAUUAAUUGGAAAAUUGUGAUAAAAUUCUAUGUACUCAUUUAUACUCUGCCCUGUACUAGGCAAGCAUUGCUAAUUGAAAUAAACUGGAAACAUAUCUUAACUAAAUUGCUAAAUAUUAAUUGUAUUCACUUCUUACAAUUCCACAUACCUUAUGCUUAAUUUAAAACACAUAGACACAUAAAACACACACACACACAUACACACACAAAUAUAGAUACCCAAUUAUGGAUAAAAUGCUUGAGUUUCACUUUAGUUGUGGCUUAAUAUUUAUACCUCUCUAUAAAAAAGAACCUUGAAAAUGAUCUGUGUUUGCUUUCUGUUAUGUUCCAGUUUGAAACUGGAAACAAUGCAAAACAUUUAACCGUUUUAAGCAUACCAUUCACAUGAUUGUUGUAUUGUAAUCAAUUGGAAAUGGUAAUGAAAUUAUAGUCCAUGAUACCUAUGAUGUUUCUUGAAAUGCAAUUUACCUUAAUGUAUUAACUCAGACUACUAAAUAAUUUCUCUUAAUGUUAGCCUUUUCCCUUGUUGACCAAAGUUGUGUGGCUGUAUUAUCCUCUGUGCUCAGGAUUGAAAUACUAUUAGAUUGCUACAUUUUGUUCUUAGUGUUAUUCAUACCUUCUGUGAUGAGAAACAUUUUUAUGUUCUAACAGAAUAUAUUAAUCUAUUUUCCUAUGAAGUGUUUCUAUUAUCACCUCUUAAUUUCAUUUUAUUUAACAACAAAAUGUUCUUCCUUUUUAUCUAAUUUUUAUAUAUUCUGCUAAUACGUUUUAAAUAUGCUACAUUUUUAAACCUUGGCAGUUAAAAUAAAAAGCAUAUCUGAAGUGGGAAAAGCUUUGUAAAUAGAUGAAGUGUAAAGAAAGAUUACUUUCCAUUGUGCCUGUAUGAAUUUUUUAAAUGUUAUAGAAUGGAUGAUGAAAAAGGAUGUAUAAUUUAUCCAAAGGCUUAGAAUUUUAAUUUGUAAAUGCUGUCAAUUUAAAGUUUUAUGUAAGUCACCAUUUUAAAAUGCUGUUUUUGUGUUUUGUUGUAUGUGUUUUGCUGAAAAUAUUCUUGUAAAUGAAAGCUUGGGCAGAGCUCAAAUAAACCUACCCAUAUGAA